AUGAUUUCAAAAUAUUUUAAAUUUAUUUUAAAAUUCAAACAAAUCGAUUAUCAGCUUUUAUUAAAAUAAAAUAUCUAUUAACUAUCUAUCACCUAAAUUUAUUUAAUUUUAAAUUUCUAAAAAGUAUUAUUUAAAUUAAUUGAAAACGUGAAUUUAGUGGCUGUAGAAAGGUAGUAAUUUAACUUGAAAAUAAAUGUAAAGUGUUAUAAGCACUUAAAGUACUUUUUUUUAUUGUUUUAACCUUAAAAUUAUAAAAAAUGCACAAUUAUUUUGAAAUAAUUUAAGAAUUCUUAAUUAAAAAUUAAUGUGGAAUAAUUGAUAUAUUUAAUUCAUAACAACACAAAAUACGAUCAAUAAUUACAAGAAAAACGGAAUCAAUAUUUCAAAAGCUAUUUAAAAAUGAACAUAUUUUUAUUUUCUAUUUUACUCAUUCAAACAGUAAAAGCAAUUAGUUUCCCUCAGUCAUCAAUUUAAUGCCCGACAUUUUUAAAUAAAGCUGGUCACCCUACUAAUGUUUAGGCAAUUAAUUAUAUACCUAAUUCCAUAUUUUUUGCAUCUGGAGAUUCUUAAGGCAGAUUUCUAAUAAGUAACAUUAAGACAGGGUAAAAUAUAGUGUAUCAAACAGGUUAUACAACAGAUACUUUAGGAAUUCAAUCUAUCGCAUCUAAUCAAAAUGGCGAUAUUCUUGUAAUAUCUUAAAUAGAAUACAAAGUUUAUAAUGUAUAUUCAGGACAGACCUUACUCGAUUCCUCAAUAACUACAAACGCCUAAAAAUAGUAAAUAUUAGCAACAGCAAGCUUUUUAAAAUAAUACAUAAACUCCAGUUUAUCUUAAUAUUUGAUAACUCUACAAGCAGAUAAUCAAUACGGAAUUACUUCUCUCAGUUAUAUUGAUUCUAAUUAUCAAUAUAUCCUCUCAUUCUAAAUUACAAUAUCAAGCUCUGCAACAUAGCAGUAAGGGAUAUCCGAUUAGCCAUCUUAAUUUUUAAUAAUUUAAGAUGCAUCUGGAAUUUUAAAAAAUAGUUAAAAAAAAUAAGUUCUUCUUGGAAUUUCUACAUCUAAUUUGAUUUAUGGUUGCGAUAUAUCUAAUUCAAUUUCUAGUACUAUGAUAAAUGCAGGAGUUUGGUAAGGUACUUCUUUAAAUUAUCCUGUAAAUGCCUUUACUCAUUUAUAAAGCACAACAAUAAUCGCUAUUAUGUUUGGUUAAGCUUAAUCAUCACCUGGUGGCUCUUCUCCGCCACAGCAAUCUAAUUAUUAAUAAAACUCUCUAGUUUUUUUCGAUUUACAGAAUUUACAAGGUGGUGUUUCAACUUAUGACUACUCGCUUAAACAAAUGAUAUCUACACCUUCAGCUGCUAUAUCGAUUAGUGCAAGUAAUUUAAUCAAGUAGAUAAAAAAUAUCUUCUAUAACAAAUAAUUUUAUGUAGCUUUUGUUUACACAUAAUAUAUAUCUAUAUACAACAUAAAUGACUUGAUAAGCAAUAACUAUAACUUAUUUGGGGCAAUUUAAAUCACUUUUUAAUUUUCUAUAUAAAUGAUAUCGCCUAUUCUAAUAUAAGAGUUAUCUUAUAUCUUGGUUGCUUCUACAAAUGGAAACAUUAUUUCAUUUGAUUUCUCCUCUCAAAUAUCGUCAGCUGCAAAUUUCACACCUUCAACUGUUAAUUUGUCCUCUUUUAACUUUUAAUAAUAUUCUACUGGUAUAACUUCUGAUAUCACCAACGGCUCAUAUGAUGAUACUGAUAAAUAAAUAACUUUAUUUGGAACUCCUUAACAAUCAAGAUAAAGUUUAAAUAUUAGUUAUUCCUUUAUUAAUCUCAGUACUUCUGUGACAUAGGUUUAAACACUGUCAUUCGCUAAUGCUAUAACAUUUACUCCUUUAGCUAUAAGUUCAACUUAGAAUCUUUUUAUUCUAUUUUUUAAACCUUAAUAAUAUUUAUUAAAAAUAAAUGGUGCAUGUCCCACAGCUAACUAAGCAACUGAAUCUGUUUAAAUUGCCCAAAUUUAAUUAUAUUUUAUAAAUAUAUCCUAAUAAAAAACUACUGUUGCUUUAGAUUUUUCCUCUAAGAAUAUUUACAUAAAUUAGAUAGUAGAUGAAGUAUCUUUUAGCAUAGGGAAUGCUAAUUAUGUAGCAUUUAUUUUUGAUAUUAAAUUUCUUGAUUUUACUUAAUACUGUCUUGAUACUACAGGAAAUCCUUAAAAGCCACCUGGAGGCAGAAUUUUAUAAUAAUAUACAGCUAAUUUAUUCCUAUACAUUUAUGAUUCUAAAGGCCACCUUUAAUACUAAUCACCAAAUCCUUUUCUAUAAUUGUAAAGCAUGUCUGGUUUUAUUGAUUUCAUAUCUGACUCUAAUUCUAAUUUAGUUUUGUAUUUCAACAAUUAGAUAAUUUUUCUUUAGCCUUAAAUAAAUAAUGGUGUCAUGAUUGUGAAUUAGUUUUAAAUUCUAAGUAAUUUAAUUUAAUAAAAAAUAUAGACUUUUAAUACAACAAUAAAAACAGCAAUAAACAACAUAAUUAGUUUUUAUUUCAUUCCAACAUUAAAUUAAUUAUUUAUUCAAUUUAACUUGAAUGAUUCAACUAAUUAUAUUUAUUCAUCACUGAUAAGCUAUUCUGCAACAUGGUAAACAAAUGUUGAAUUAACCAUUAACCAAAUAUUUUAAUCUUAAUCUAAUAAUGAUAGCUAUCCCUAUUAAGUUAGUUAUUUAGAAUACAAGCAAGAUACCUCUCUGCUUAUUCUUAAAGUCAAUACUUAUUUGAAAGUUUAUUCUUAUAAUCUAUAAAAUUAUAGUUUAUAAUUAUACCUCACAAUUGAUAAAUCAUCAUCAGACAACUUCUUUAAUUUUAUAGUAACUUUAUCUACCACAUAAUUGCUUAUAGUAGAUAGUUCUUCCCUCUUUCAAAUAGUUAGUUUAAAUGAUUGUGAAUCCACCGUAUGUGAUAAUAGUACAUGCGAAAUUAGGAAUUUUAUAAAUUAAUAACCUAAUAGUUCUAGCAUUGCAGAUUAUUUUAAAAGUGAUAGUUCAGGCUAUAUCUUAAGAUAAGAAGCAUUAGCCUAAUCCAAGUAUAGUUUACUUAAUUCAAUGCUUUAUCUAAUAAAUAUAAAUAUAAACUAUAAUAUUUACGUCUAAUAAGGAAGUUUAAUUAUUUGGAAUUAAUAAUAUACCUAAUUAGAUACGAAAAAUUCAGUAAUAUCAAAUUAUUUAAAAAAAUUAAAAGUUAAUCUUAAUAUUUAAUCAGUUGAUUACACUUUAAAUAUACCUUAAAACACUUAUUCUGUAUUUAAUAUUUCUAUAAAAGAACAACAGCUAAUCAAUACUUACAACUAUGUUUAGUUUUAAAAUGUUAUACUGACAUAAAAUGCUUAUGCUAGUUUCUUUUAAGUUAGUAUUCCUAAUUUUAUAAUGAGUAAUACGCUUCUUAUCAGUAAAAGCUCUAACCCAAUACCUUUAUAUGUUGUUUGCUAAUCAACCGGAACUUUACUUUUCUAGAACACUGUUAUAUAAAAAUAAUAUUUCAACUCUUCGGGAAGCUUAUUUUACAUAAAUUCUAAUGAUAAUACACUAAUACUAAAAAAUAUAACAUUUUAAAAUAAUAUUUUUUAUUUCACUAACCUUAUAUACUCUAUUUAAUUGUUAAACCUUUAAAUGGAUGGUUUUAACCUUAUAAGUAAUACCAUUAGGCUUAAGCAAACAGCUAAUGCUUCUAGGUUUUUCAUUAGCGCCUAAAUUUUUACGCUAAAUUAAGUAAGUAUAACUUCUAAUAUUCUUGAAAAUGUAUCUCUUAUUGGAAUAAACUCUUACACGACACUUUUUUAGGCUUUUAUAGAUACUUUUAAUUUUAUAGGUAAUACAUACUUAAUGACUGAUUAGACAAUUAUAGUUUUAAUAUUUGAUGGGCAAACAUAAGAUUUGAAUUUUAUUUCUGCUUUAUUUAUAAAAUCUUCUAAUUUUAGAUAGUUAAAUUUAAUUCCAUGCAGCUAUGAUUAGUACCAAACUGAUAGUUGCUCCUCUGUAAAUAUAGAUACCUCAUCUUCUAAUUACAUAUAAAUAGCCUUGUCAAAUACAUAAGAAAUGGUACUCUAAACAGUUAAUAGUAUUGAUAACCACAUUACUUAAUUCUCUUGUUUAAAAUGUAUUUCAGUAAAAAUUACUCAAUUUUAUUGCAAAAAUACAAAUUUUGAAAGUUCAGCUAUAGACUUUCCUUGCUUAGUAUUAUAGGAACAUACACAAUUAUCUCUGUAAUUAAACUAAUGUGGCUUUGAAAAUAAAUAUUUAUAAAAUAAUUAUGUUAUAUCUAUUGAUUCCAGCUCUACUUUAUUAAAUUAAUAAUAGCCUAACGGUUAUAUUACAUUUUAAGAUACAUAUUUUAACACAAUAAAUUUAUUUACUCUAACGUCCUUUUAUUAAUCAUCAGCUGUUUUAAUUGAGUCCUAUUAGAAUUUGCAAAUAUAAUUUACAAAUGUUACUUAUAAUUAGAUCUUAUUUUUAACUCCGUAGAAACUAUUUCAAAGCUCAGGUUCAUGCUUGACUCUAUCGUCUCCAUUUUCAAGCUUUUUAAUUUAAAACUCAGCAAUUUAGAAUUUAAUUUCCUAUUCAUCAUCCGCAGCUUUUUAUUUGAAUGUAUAUAAUGGCCAAAUAACUAAUACAAAGUUUUAAAAUAAUAACUACGAUCUAGAUUAUGCAACAUACAAAGGAGGAUACAUAGAAAUACAAUCUAACAACUUUACAGUAUCCCAAUCCAAUUUUACAAAUAGUAUUGCUUAGUAGGGAAAUGGAUUGACUAUAGUACCAAGUUAAGCUUAAGCAAGUUAUAAAUUCAAUUAGUGUAUAUUUUAAAAUUUGAUAGCUGCUUAAAAUGGUGCUGCUGUUUACAUUAAUUAAGCUCUUAAUUUAACUACUUUGUAAUUUAAUAAUUGCAUUUUCACAAAUAUUCUUUCUUCUGAAGGAGGAGGUAUUUAUUUAUAUUUUAUGGUAUCUUCUAAGAAUAUUUUAAGCCUCCAAAGCACAUUUCCUACUGUGAUAUUUAAUGGCUGUACUACUUCAAAUUUAUUCUCAAUAUAAGGAGGAUUAGCUUAUAUAUAAAAUUCUAAUUUACAAAUAAAUGAUCUAAAGUCUAGAUAAAACAACCCAAAUCUUUAAACAUAUGAUACAUAAAUAUUAAAUUACAUAAAAGAUAUGUAGAAUGUUGGAGAAUAUAUAACUUUGUAAUCAAGCAUAGCUUAAAUUUCUUUGUUAAAUCUAUCUGGUUUUUAAAUAUUUUAGAAAACUGUUUCUACUAGUGAUGCUUAAACUUUGAUUCUUAAAGCUACAUCAUUUAGUAUUACAAAUAUUACUAAUUCAUAUAUUGAUAAUUGCAUUUAUUAUAGCUCAGCAAUGAUUCUAAUAUAACAAUCUACUCUCAAUAUGGCAUAUACAAAUAUAACUAAUAGUCAGAGUUAUGUACCUUCAAGCACUAGAAUGUUAACUACAGAUAUAACAACAGACAUAUAGUCUUAGUUUAGUGCAAUAAUGAUUGUAUAAUAAUCAACAAUAAAUCUGAGUUAUGGAUUACUUUAAAAGCUUAGUUGUAAUGAUAGUUUGUGCAGUGGAGGAGCUUUGGCUAUAUUUAAUUCAUAAGGUAGUAUAAUAAAUUCAGUUUUUGAUUAAAACUUAGCACAAAAUAAUGGAGGUUCAUUAUAAAUCAUUAAUUUAAGCAACAAUAUCACUAUUAAAUAUAGCAAUUUUACUAAUAGUUAAACAAUUAAAGGAUUUGGAGGUGGUUUAUCUUUUAUUACGAAUUAAGAUGUAUAUUUUAUAGUAAUAGAUACCUGCUUCUUUAAUAAAAAUUUUGCUAACUAAGGAGGUGGAGCAUAUUUUGAAAUUUAGUCAACAAAAGAAAAAAAUAAUUAAAUAGUUAAUAUAUUAAACACCAAAAUAUAAGGUAACACAGCUUAAAUAUUGGGAGGUGGUAUUUUUUAUCAAGGUUAAAGUCCUUAUACUGACUAGAAAACAGUAAUUAUGAACAACGUAGCAAAUAGCACAUAUGGGUAAAACUCUUUCUCCUAUCCUAAAAAAAUAAUCCUCAACAAAACUUUAAGUCAAUAAUAUUCUAAUUUCAAUUAUACUUCUUACAUAGAUUCUGAUGGAAAUCAAGUAUAUUAAAUAUAAGACUAGGUAAGUGGUGUUAGUUUACCUAAUUUAGUGUUUCAAUUACUAGAUGAAAAUAAUUUGAUUAUUGAUAGUUCCUAUACUUAAAUAAAUCCAAAAGUUGUAUUAGAUUUAUCUAAAAAAUCAAACAAUUUUGUGAUAUCUAGCUCAGAAACUACAUUUAGUUUUUAAGGGUACUUUAAUGUUUCUAAUCUUAUAAUAACAGGUAUUCCAGGAACUAGUGUAUAUUUAAUCCUAACAUCUAGUAGUAUUUCAUCAGAUAAUUCUAAUGGAUAUUAAGUUAUUUUAGAAAUCUAGUUAAGAUAGUGUAUUAGGGGAGAGAUAUUUUCCGAAGUUAUUCAAACAUCUUCUUCAUCAACAUAAAUAUUCUAUAAAUGUGUGAAGUGCUCAACAGGAACAUACUCACUGGCAUAUCCAAACUUAUCUAAACCAGUAACAGAAUGCAGUAAAUGCAGUUAAUAUGCAUAAUGCCCAGGCGGGGACUAAAUAAAUGUAGAUGAAGGAUAUUGGAGGAUUAAUGAUCAAAGUGAUUAGAUAAUAUAGUGUAUAAAUUCUCCAAGCAACUGUCUAGGAGGAUAAAAUAACUCUACUUGUUCUACAGGACAUACAGGACCUCUUUGUGAAACAUGUGAUAUCUAUAAUGGAUAUACAACAGCUGGGAAUUUUUAGUGUGGAGUAUGUGGGGAUCAUGUAACUAACUCUUUGAAAAUUCUAGGAUUGAUGUUAUUCUAUAUUAUUAGUGCAAAAAUAAGUGUUGAUGGAAUUCUAAACAAGUUAUUAAAGUAUUAUUCUAUUAGAGUACACCUUACUGAUAAAUAGAUUGAAGAAGCAGAAUAAAAUACUUCUGUCUUGCUAAAGUUAAUUUUAAGUUAUUUUUAAAUUAUCAUGGUUUUAACUACAUUUUAGAUUAGUGUUCCAUCUUUCUUCAAUAAUCCAGUAGAUGUUAUCGCUAAUCCAACAACAUAAAUACUUUAUUCUUUUGAGUGUUUCUUUUACCAGCUUUAGCAAAUUACAGGAAUAAGCAUGAUCUAUUUACAACUAAUUGCUGCUGUAAUUCUUCCUAUAGCGUGUUUGCUUAUCUUUGCUAUUUCAGCUUUCUUAUCAUACCGCGAUAAAUUUAUAAGAGGAUUUUACUUAAACACUUCUUUUUGCUAUUGCCUAAUGUACUUUUAGCCAAGUAUAUUCAAAAAUGCAAUUACUCUUAUCAGCUGCCGUUAAAUAGGUAAUACUAAGUAUAUUCAAUUUAGUCUUCUUUUCGAGUGCUAUACUUCAGACUAUGUGAUUUGGUCAUUAAGCUUAGUAAUUCCUGUAAUUUUAGUGGUUGCAGUAUUUAUUCCCCUAAUAUUGCUUAUCUUAAUUUGGAGAUCAAAACAAAGAAAAUAUAUUGUUGAAAAAAGAAGUUUUAUGUUUAUGAUUCUAGAAUAUAAAUCUAAUUCAAAAUAUUGGGAAUUUGUUAAAAUGAAUAUGAAACUUUUAGUCAUGUGUUGUUUAACUUUCUAUGAAUAUGAUAUACCAAACAAGAUAUUAUUCAUAUUAUUUAUUGUGUGUUGCUAUGGUUCUUUAUUGUUUCAUUUUUAACCAUACAAAGAACAAAUCUACAAUAAAGUUGAUAUGACAUAAACUAUUGUUUAAGCUAUUUCGAUUUAUUUAGGGUUUGUUGCAUAUCAAAAUGUAUCAAAUCCAUUUUGGUGGUUAAUUUCCAUUCUUUUAAUUGCGAUCAUUAAUCUCCUAUUUGUACUUUGGGCUUUUAAAAUACUAAGCACAGUAUUUAUUACUUAGAACAAAGAUGUGUUUGAAAAAUUUAAAAUAUUUUUUGUAAGAUUCAUUUGCUGUAGAAAAUAUUUUUUCUCAGAAAAAUAAAGGAAAUACUACCUCAAAAGAAGAUGGUUGAAAUCGAUUGUUAAAAUUUUGAAAAAGAAAAAACUGAUCAGCUUAUGGAGUGGUAAGCUAAAAGUAGAACCAGAAUCAGUAUUUCCAAUAUUAAAUGGGUAGAUACCUGAUGAUUAAAUACCAAGCAAAUUGAAAAAAAUAAAAUUCAACAAUGAUAAUAUAGAAAAUUAAAAUGAAUAAUCCAAUGAAAAUGAGUUCAAUAAUAAUUUAAAUAUCGAUGAAAAAAAUUAAGUUAAAAACAUUCCACAUUUAUUAAAAGCUAAAUCAUGCUUGGAAAGAAAUAAAAACUAAAAUGUAGUAAAAAAUUACUAGCUUAAGACUAAUCCUUCAUUAGGAAAUGCUUCAGAAGGAAUAAUUCCAAAAGUUAUUACUGACAAAUCUACCCUUAAUAAUUAACUAUUUUCUCCAAAAAAUAUCUAAAUGAGUAGACUUCUAAACAAUCAUUGUGAUGGGAAAAGCUUAGAUAGCUCAGAAAGCCAUUUUGAUAAAGUCAAUGAAGUAGAUAUAAUCUCAGAUAUACAAAUUAAUGAGGGAGUCAAUAUUUUAAAUAAUUAAAAGUAUAUAGGAGAUUCAUGUACUAAAAUUAUGCAAUCUUAAAAUAAUUCUUUUUAAGCUAAAAGUCCAUUUAAUAACUAUAGUCAGAGAAAUUUUUUGAGUGCAUUUAAAAAAAGUUUGGAGCAUGAUCAAGAUAAAAAAGAGUAAGAAGAGUAAAUCUUUAAAAAUUAAGAGAUUGCUGUAAGCAAAAUUUAUUAAUAGAGUGAUUUAUAACCAGAAAAUGAUGUAUGA